AUGGCGUUCUUUACGUUCAACGGGGUGACGAAAGAGCUGAAAGUGGCGGCGGUGAAACCGGCGGUGCUCUCGACGGUUUUCAAACUCGAGCCCAACACGAUCGCGAUCACCGACCAGGACGACGAGGGAAAAGUGCAUCUGGCCGAUGGGGCUCGAUUCAAUCCACCGCUCAUCGACAGGCAUCGAUACAGUGUGGACGGGGCCGAGCUGGCUUCGGUUGUGGCUCAGAGAACGGCGGAGAUGAAGCGACAAGUGGCCGAGAUCGAGGGACAACAAAGAGAUAAUCUGAUCACCGUCUUGAUCUCAACGACGAGCGAUCUGGACCAGAGUGUCGGAAUGUUGUACAAUGCUCCUCAGGCUGUGGUCCUUGUCGAAGCUCUUGCUAUCUUAGCCGCUGCGGCCCCUGAUCCAUCGCUUGUCAGUGAAAACAUGCCCGCCGAAAAGUUCACAAGACUCAAGACACCAUCGUCUUUCAAGGCUUCGCUGUACCAAGUGGCCUCGUCAAUGUGCAACGCUUUCCGGACGGCCGACGUCUCGAUGAUGACCAUCAAGGCGAAACUGGUGGAUUUGCCCGAUGACUUCGUGUCGACACUGGAAGUGAUUGGAGAGAAUGAUGAUGUCGCUACUCAGAAGAUCCUCAAGCGGACCACCGAUCGAAUCGCCGAAGCGUCGAAGAAAUGCGUGGAAAUGGCCAAAAAGUCGAGUGUGGCAUUUGACGAGACCAUCAAGGACAUCGACGAGCUGUGCCAAGCCGCUAAUGUCGCAAAGGGAACUAAUGAGGCGGCUUUGAAGGAAUUGGAGAAACUGAAAGAGGACUUGGAUCGAGAACAAGAAGAACUGCGAACAACUGAAGAAGAGCUCCAAAAACAGCACGAGGAUACAAAAAAGCGAGUAAAGGAGGCUCUUCAAGAGUACAAGGAUCAGGUGGCGAAAAGUGGCAAUUUCGGAAAGAUGCGCUUGGCGACUUUGUGUGAUGGAAUGAUGGAUACGGUGAAAGAGGUCGUCUCAUUGUUGGCGAAAAUGUGGAAGAUGUUGAAGGAGAAACUCCCGAAAUUGCCCUGGACCGAGAAGUGCUCACCCACAAUGCGAUAUGCUAUGGAGUCGAACCUGUUGCAAAUGCUGGAGAAGAUCAUCGAGGAUUUGGCGCGCCCCGGGGAAAUGGGCGAAGAAACGGUGAAGGACUAUAUCCUUUCGUUGAAAGACUCGGAGAGGCUCGUUCAAGCCGAAACGGAUCAAAUUCGAAUGAGGCAAUCGCAUCACACCGAGGAGAGCCAAAAGGAGGAGAAACUCCGCAAAGAGCUCAAAGAGACGACAAUGGAACGGUCGGGAAUUUUGGGGAACCUGACGAGUUUGGAUCCGGAGAAGGUCGAUCUAGACGAUAUUAUCAGCUAUCUUCAAGAAGGAAUUAAUUACUUGGGAAAGGUGAAAGAGAAUUGGGACGAGCUGGCUAAGUCCUUCAAUGCAAUCCUGAUUUUGGUGGAAACGAAUCUGAAGGGCAACAUUGACUCUUUUCUGAAAGAGGCUCAGGACCCGGCGUCUACAGGUCGCAUGUUGCGAAGUGUGCUGAAGGCGACCAGUUACUGUAUCCAAGUGGGCAAUUGUGCCGAGAUCUACACAAAAGUCUCCAGCAAAUAUGUCAUGCCGAUAAUCAGCGGAGUCGGAAAGGAAUUCGCUCUGACAAAGGCCGAAGCCACAGCAAAGAAGGGCGAUAUCGAGAACAUGCUCAACGCGUCGGUGCUCGGUUUACGCGACGAGCAACUCAAAGAGGAGGAGAUACUGCGACAGCUACAAAGGAAAAACGAGCGUCACGACGAGAAUACGAAGAAUUGUGUGAUCGUACAGGGGGGACUGGCCGGAGCAUGCGCCGUAUUGGGGGCACUUGCUGUGAUCUUCCCGCCAGUCGGUGUGCCGGCACUGUUCGCUGUUGGUGGAACGGCUGCCACCGGUGUGGCCGCUGGCGUGGUCGGCAUCAUCGAACAAGCGAAAAAGGCCUCAGAAGAGAAGUUGAACAGUCUCCGGGAGAACAUUUCGAAUGUUAGUAGACAUCUUGAUCAGCUCAAAAAAGAGAUCAAGAACGACGAGGAAUGCGUGCAAUGUUACCGGAAACAAAUUGACGAGGCAAACGUUAAGCUGGACCAGGCAAAUCGGAGCAUCAUCAAGUGUGGCGAUAUGCAAAAGAAUAUCCAUAUUUGGACGGAUCACUUGGGUGCCUGGAUCGCUUUCCUCAUCAAAAUCACCCCGGAAGCCGCCCGAAUCCAGCGAAAUGUCAAGGGAAAUACUAGCUCGCUUCGACGCUCCAUUGAGGAAUUUAAGAUCACUUUCAGCGGAGAGAUCAACAUUCUAAUCGAGGCGUGCGCGAAGAUUUUGGCGAUCCAAAAU